AAUCUAUCUUAAAAACCUAAAAGCUAACUUUAAAUUAAAUAAAUUUCUAAACUCACUCAAUGCAAGAAUCUUCCUCAGAAAGUCUCUUCACAUAAUGCCUUCCACCUGAAUAAACCUCUCGUCCACAACCAUCAUUGCAUCUCUCAUUCACCCACCCCAACAACAACAAACCACUCCAUGCCCUUGUAGAUUUAUAACACUCACCACCUAAACAACAUCACAACAACCAACCACCUCAGGACCUGGGACCGAAACCACCUUGCCGAACCGUCAACAACAAUGGAGGCCGAAUUGAGAAAAUUCACCUACUUCGUCAUCACCAAAGGAAGGAACCCGGGAGUCUUCACUUCCUUCGACGAGGCCAGUGCUCAGGUUGCGGACUAUCCAAACGCCUAAUACCAGGCAUUCAACUGUCAGGCCCUAGCACUUGGUUCCUACACGGCGCGAUUAAAGGCGCUCGAAAAAGAGAAACAGGCCCUAGAUGAGAUGACGCUGCAAAUGGGGCUACCGGAUGAGUCUCCACCAAAAAGCCCUGCGACCGUCGUCACCGAAAACGGUCGUCGAGCCCCUCUUUCUCGGUGGGUUAAUUGCAUCCCACCUACCGAGGUUGCCUCCGCUGCCUAUGCCGUCAACCUCAGCAUGGAAGAUUUGCUAUACAAGGUUUGCUACAACGCCUCCUUGCCACCUCCAUCCUACUUCCGUACUGAGCUAGGUCUCCGUGACACAGGAGUCGUCUAUGCUUUUCUCGGUCGUUCUCCCUUGGAACCCCUUGGGAGCCGACGUCCACGCCAAGGGUAGGUUCAGCCCUCUCGAGAUGGAUGCUAAGGAAGAUGCUGCUUACAACAUGCUUCAAAAGGUCCUCCACACCACGGGUCAGGAAAUAAGGGACUUCAACUACUUGAAAGCAAAGAUGUUACAGAUGGCCAACAAUGAACUUUCUGAAGAGGUUGAACGCCUUCAGGAGAAGACUCGUCUCCACGGCUACGACAGCAGCCUGGAGAACGUAUCGCCAUAGUACUCUUCCCCACCCCCUCUAUAUCCAAUUGACCUGCAUUCUACAGAUCAAUCAUCACAUCAUUAGGAAGACUUUUAAAUAGUAACGUUGCCGGAAAUAUAUUUCUAUAUUCCAUGCUCAUGUCGAUAAUUGUUGUGUUAAUCUUGCAUGAUCAAUCCAACUUAUCUAUUCCACUGUCUUAUGAAUGAAUUCC